AUGACAUUGAAUCUUCCUGCAGAAAUCUUGUCCAAAAUUGCUUAUUACCUUUCCCUUGAUGAAAAGAUUAUAUGCUCAGGCGUUUGUAGACAAUGGAAAGGGGUUUUUCAACUAGCAUCAUGGGACAGGAUCACUAUAAACGAUCGUAAUAUUUGCUCAUUCACCAAAUGGGAUAAUACAGAUUUUCCGCAGUACAAAGAGAAUGGAGAACAUGUCAAGAAUAUUAUUAUGACAAACACCGGGGCAUUUGAAGAAGACGGCUGGAAACUCAUUCAAUUCACGUUUCCGUACAUACGUCGUAUAUAUUUUUCAUACAUAAAUCUUUGCAACGUCUUGAUUGAUGAACCUGAUUUUUGUCUACAUUGGGUAUUUUUAAAAACUGUGGUUUUAAACAUGGGAUUUUACUAUUUUAGUGGUCGAAAUAAGUUCUUUGAAAUCCUUUCCGGGCUACCUUGCUUGAGGCGAAUUAAGCUUGUCGCAAACCAAAAAGAUUCGUCAUCUCUGAGAAUGGGAACCUUUGAGUCCAUGCAGAAACACUUGCCACUCCUAGAAUACAUUUCUUUAAAUGCUCGCCUCUCCCGUGCUAAUCAAACUGCUCUGCUAACAGCGAAGGAUAUUAUUCUGGGAAAUAGCGUAACCGAAUUUAAGCUUACCUGUCCAAACAUUAAUAUCAAUUGGCUAUGCUAUUUCACUCGAAAAUACCUAAACGUGCGUAAACUUAAGCUGAAAACAUACCUGGUAACCCCAGCCCAUACUACACAAGAUACUACAACACCACUCUCCGCCGUAAUUCCACAAAAAUUCGCUCAUUUGGAAAACGCUUAUAUAUCUGUUCGUCACAAUGAAAACAAUGAACAAGAUCUCCUUUGGAAAUCGAUUUCUCCAUCCAGUAUUCCAGUCAGGCGUUUGGCUUACAGACAAGGCGCCCACGACUCCCCAUGUGAUAAACCAUCCACGGACUCUCUACAAUUAUGGGUUGAUAAUUGUUCAAAAACAAUCGAGUAUCUAGAUAUAUCAUCCUUUUGGAAAUUGGAUGGCAUUUCGCAUAUUCCUUUUAAUUUUCAAUAUUGUCCGCAUCUAGUCUAUUUAAAUUUAUCCGCACGAGUAUCGAUUAAGCUUGACUGCCUCCUGGAUAACUGUAAAGCGCUGAAGAAAAUCAAAUUGAAACUUUCAAAAAUUAUUUGCGAUCAAAAUACUUCCGGAUCAUCUUUGUCUCACGAUGUUUCUACUAUUUCGCUUUAUUUCUUGGAUAUUGGUACCGAAAUGCUCAACUACAUAUCAUGUCGUUGUAGAAAACUUCGAAAUUUGGGUUUUCACACGGUAAACAUAACUGGAAAUCUGUCCGAAGAAACUGGAUCACUUUUGAUCGACCUGUCUUACUCACACCUUAAAUCUUUGAGCUUUAAAAACACCUUGAUCUGUUUGUACAGCAAUCCCAACGAAAAAUAUAUCCUACACCGCACAGCAAUUUGCUGUCCUCUUUACUCCCAUUCCAAUAAUCAAAAAUUGUGCGAUAAUAUUAGCGACAAGGCUGCAAUAGCGACUGAUGAUAAAGAGCAAUUCAAAGAGAAUCAAAAGUCGAUGUGGACUGACAGAUAUAUUACAGAAUCUGGGCCCGAAAGUGUGAGAAAUAUGUCGAGAGUGAUUGAAUCUGAGAAUGCUACAAUUACAAGACCUUACCAUUUUAAUGUUCAAGAAGGAAGAAACGCCAAAACAUCAAGUGAAUUCAAAAGUGCUGCGGGGCAUAUUGAUGACCAAACGAAGAAAACCGACGUUUGUUCUCUGGAUGAUGCUGAAAUAAUAUGUCUUAGACAAGUCUUUAAAGAGGAUCAGAAAGAAGAUCUUUGCCAUGGAUACGUUGAAUUUCGGCUCGGGAGCUUACGUAAAUUCCAGUACAGCAUAACGAACGUAUCCAAUAACUUACAAGUGUGA